GUAAAUCUCGUACGUAUGCGCAGAAUUGGCCGUGCUGCGGCGAGGUGGGUAGGAUGGAGCAGAUUGCCACUUACAUACAAUCAAUGAACAGGCAUUAUCCACGUACCGAUGCAAGCUCACUGGCUGCAGACCUUGUCAGUGUUGAGGGCGAAGCGAUGUUCGGGGAUGGGCGUCUGCGUUGGUUGCAUGAUUGCAGUGGGUUGCUGGUCCGCUACGCCGUGCGGAUUGGCUCGGUGCUUGUCGCAGCCACACGCGUAGCCACCCACGCAUGUUCGUCGACUACUCAUGGCGCGUCUGGUGUCGCAAUAGAGGACGAGGAUCGGUGGAGAGGUUAGCCGGGUACAGCAAGCGUACGACGCGACUUUGGCGGCGUACCACACGACGCGCAGCCUCGUAAGUGUGCAGUCAGACACGUGCUCUCGAGCGCUGCCGAACGGGGCACACGAGAGUGCUGGAGACAGCGAGAGCGUGCGGGUAUCAACGUCGGGCGCUUGGGGUAUGUCGCAGAGAAAGCCGCCGCGCCUGUCGUCCCGCGAGCAGCGUUACUUCGGACGUCUU